GAAAAGCCCAAUUAGUGCGAUUAAAAACCCCCCAGCGUUCCAUUCCAUUCCAAAAGGGAGGAAACCCCAGCAAGCAGUAGUUGUAGGAGUCCUCCUUGCUUCUUCUUCUCGUCCUUAACUGGAACCCAACUCGAUUCUCAACUAACCAUUCAACAAAGUAGCUAUCCAAAUGGGAAGCCCUGAUAGUCGGGUUGCUUCCGAUUCCGCCGACACUACAUCCAAGAAUGACUCUGAAGACGACGACGAAAAUGGAGUCCACAGCCCGCCUUCCCAUCCCUGUCCUUUCUCCGAAGGAGAGAAGGUCCUCGCUUUUCAUAGCUUUCUCAUAUAUGAAGCUAAGGUGCUGAAAACAGAAUAUCAGUUGAAAGAAUGGAGAUGUUAUGUUCAUUACCUUGGAUGGAGCAAAACUUGGGAUGAGUGGGUAGGACUUGAUCGAUUACUGAAGUUUACUGAAGAGAAUGUGCAGAAACAGCUGGAACUCAAUGAGAAGCGAGGGACUGACAAAAAGGCAGCUCGAGCAUCCCAGAUUAAACCCAAGAAUGUGGUAAAAGGGAGGAAGCGAAAGAAUGAUGCUAGUAAGGAAAAGAAUGCCGUGAACGUUGAAAAGCUUGUGAGCAUACAGAUUCCACUUAAACUAAAGAAGCAACUAGUUGAUGACAGUGAGUUUGUAACGCAUCUUGGGAAGUUGGUAAAGCUCCCUCGUACGCCUAAUGUAGAAGAUAUCAUGAAGAAAUAUCUUGAAUACAGGCUGAAGAAGGAUGGAACGAAAGAUGAAUCCGUUGGAGAAAUAGUGAAGGGGCUGAUUUGUUACUUUGAUAAAGCACUACCCGCGAUGCUUCUAUACAAAAGCGAGCGCCAACAAUAUGAAGAGUUGAUCGUUCAUGAUGUCUCCCCUUCUUCCAUAUAUGGCGCCGAACACCUUCUACGUCUAUUCGUUAGGUUGCCUGAGUUGUUGUCUCAAGCCAAUAUUGAAGAGGAGACUUUGACGGAACUGCAGCAGAAGUUCGUUGACUUGCUCAAGUAUUUAUUCCUCUCCUCACUACUGUGUGCUUUGAGACAUUAUUGUGGGUUUCCGUCUUGUUUUGAUGUGUAUGUUUGUUGCAGGUUUUUAAGGAAGAAUCAGAACACAUUUUUCUUGUCAUCGUACCAUGUGCCUGAGAAUAUGGAAACAAGCACCAACAAUGCCGAUGACUAAAACAUGCAAUCAUCUUUAGAUCAAAUUAGCUAUUCAAGCCUUACCCCGUUGUGGCGGCUUUUCAUAUCAUUGUAUAUAUUUCUAUGUCGUCUAAACUUCAUUGCGAACCGGUUAAUGUUCUCAUCACUGCGUUUCUGCAGAGCACUAUAUCAAAUUCCAGCACUUAUAACUUCUUUUCCCAA